AUGGGCCACCUCGUCACGGUAGCGACAUGUUCGCUCAACCAGUGGGCUCUGGACUGGGAAGGCAACACUGCUCGCAUUAUUGAGAGUAUCCAAAAGGCCAAGGCCGCCGGAGCCCGACUUCGUGUCGGUCCUGAACUCGAAAUCUGCGGCUAUGGCUGCCUCGACCACCUUCUCGAGCAGGACCUCUACCUGCACUGCUUCGAGAUGCUCCGCCGCAUCCUCCUCGACGAGUCCUGCCACGACAUCCUCCUCGACAUCGGCAUGCCCGUCCAGCACCGCAACCAGCGCUUCAACUGCCGCGUCCUCUGCCUCAACGGCAAGAUCCUCAUGAUCCGCCCCAAGAUGUGGCUCGCCAACGACGGCAACUACCGCGAGAUGCGCCACUUCACCCCGUGGAUGCACCCGCGCACCACCGAGCAGUACCACCUGCCGCGCAUCCUGCAGGACAUCCAGGGCGCCACGCACGUCGUCUUCGGCGACGCCGUCGUCUCGACCCCGGACACCUGCUUCGGCGCCGAGACCUGCGAGGAGCUCUUCACCCCCAAAGCCCCGCACAUCGCCAUGUCCCUCGACGGCGUCGAGAUCAUCACCAACAGCAGCGGCUCCCACUUCACCCUGCAGAAGCUCGACACCCGCCUGCAGCUCAUCAUGGAAGCCACGCGCAAGAACGGCGGCAUCUACCUGUAUGCCAACCAGCAGGGCUGCGACGGGGAUAGGCUGUACUACGACGGCUCGGCCAUGAUUCUGGUCAACGGCGAUGUUGUGGCGCAGGGGUCGCAGUUCAGCUUGAACGACGUCGAGGUCGUCACUGCGACGGUGGACUUGGAGGAGGUGCGGGCGUACCGCUCUGCGAUCUCUCGUGGUCUGCAGGCUGCGCGGUCUGAUGCCAAGUACGAGAGGAUCCAGACUUCUUUCGAGCUGAGCUCCGAGGACGACGAUGCGGAUGUUGAGAAGCGUCCUUCACCUCCUAUUAAGCCCAAGUUCUACUCUGUCGAGGAGGAGAUUGCGCAGUGUGCUGGAUGCUAUCUUUGGGAUUAUCUCCGUCGGUCUGGAACAGCAGGAUAUCUCGUUCCACUCAGUGGUGGUAUCGACUCCUGCGCAACCGCAACAAUCGUAUUUUCCAUGUGCCGCAUCGUGAUGAAGGCUGUCGAAGAGGGCAACGACCAGGUAAUCGAAGACGUAAAGCGCAUCGCCAAGUACGAAGGCGACGGUGUUCUCCCCAAGACGCCACAGGCCCUCUGCAACCAGGUCUUCUCAACCAUCUACAUGGGCAUGAGGGAACAGAGCUCUGCCGAGACUCGCGGACGUGCAAAGGACCUCGCCGAAGCCAUUGGAAGCUACCACAUCAACCUCGACAUCGACGAGAUCUACCAGGCGCAGAAGAACCUCCUCAAAGCCACAAACAACUUCGAGCCCAAGUUCAAGGUCGAAGGCGGCACCGUCCAGGAGAACCUGAUGCUGCAGUGCCUCCAGGCGAGAAUUCGUAUGGUGACGGCGUACGAGUACGGACAGAUUCUUCCCACUGCCAGAGGCCGCCCUGGUGGUGGUGGCUUGCUCGUUUUGGGCAGUGCCAACGUCGGCGAGUCUUUGAGAGGAUACUUCACCAAAUACGAUUGCUCCAGCGCCGACAUUAACCCCAUCGGGUCCAUCGACAAGUCCGACCUCAAGCGCUUCAUCGCCUGGGCCGAGAAGGACUUUGGCAUCCCGUGUCUCCACGACUUCCUCACGGCGGUCCCGACUGCGGAACUUGAACCCAUCUCGGAGACUUACGUCCAGAGCGAUGAGGUCGACAUGGGCAUGACAUACCCGGAGCUCACCAUCAUGGGCCGCCUCCGCAAGGUGAAUAAGCUGGGCCCCUAUGGCAUGUUCCAGCGCCUCGUCCACGACUGGGACGAGCGCCGCGAGCGUGCGCCGGAUGAUGAGGCACCGCUUUACAACCCGAGACAGACGGCCGAGAAGGUCAAGAAGUUCUUCCACUUUUACGCAAUCAACCCCCCCGACGACAACAGAUUUGACCUCCGCCCGUUCCUCUACCCUCCCUUCUGGAAGAGCUGGAGUUUCAAGAAGAUUGACAUGGAGCUGGAGAAGAUUGAAAAGAGGCAGGCCAAGAAGAAGGCGGCGGCGACGGCGUAA